AUGACUAUAGUUAGUCACUUGCAGUCCCGUUCAUCAGUUCCCCCUGCAAUGCUCCAAGACCUCACAAAAUCUAUCACCAAGACUGGUGACUAUCCUGUUACCCAUGGCGGAUUUGGAGAGAUAUGGAAAUGUUCUUAUCAAGUGGAUUGGGGACUGAUCGCGGUUGCAGUGAAAUCAUUGCUAGUGUACGCCUCUGAUCAACUUGGGGAAGCAAUGGAAAAAAUGACCAAAGUGGGUACAUUGAUGGAAAACCAUCACAACAUUCUGUCCGUGUAUGGCUACACAUACAGCUUUGGCUCGUUCAUGGCAAUAGUCAGCCCUUGGGCAGAGAACGGUAAUCUGACAACCUAUUUGGAUCUGGAAGAUGGUCAUCUCACCAUGGUCAGACGAUUCCAGAUCCUCCGAGAUAUUACUGAAGGCCUUCUUGAGCGUCUCUCUGGCUUCCUGGACCUCGACUCUCCACGGAACUUUCGGUGGAUGGCUCUAGAGCUACUUGGAGAGCCGGAUGAUGAAUUGCCAAUACGACCAAGCAAGUGCAGCGAUGUCUAUUCCUUUGGCGGUAUCAUGCUACAGGUCCUGACCGGCAGACCUCCCUACUAUUAUCUAAGUGAAGCUGCGGUCAUUCAACGCAUAGGCAGUGGUGUCAAGCCUUUGCGAUCACGUUAUCCUGUGUUCUCUGACAAGUACUGGUAUUUCAUUGAAGAAUGUUGGUCAACCGUACCUCAGGAUCGUCCGUUGGCCGAGAGAGUUGUCAGGGCGAUCGGGGACGAACAGGACUUGCUAUCCCACUCUUAA